AUGAUCGAGCGCUGGCAUAGGUCCUUGAAGGCUGCGUUGAUGUGCGACUCCGAGACACCGUGGCUAAAAGUGCUUCCUACCGCCCUCCUUGGCCUCCGUACUUGCAUCAAGGAGGACUUACAAGCUUCGGCUGCUGAGAUGCUUUAUGGAUGCACACUUCAUCUGCCUAACGGUUAUUUCGCAGAUUUAAAUUCGCCGCCAAGACCAGCUGAGUUUGUCAGUGAAUUUCGAACCAGCAUGCAAGCGCUAAGGCCCAUCUCGCCAGCACACCACAGCAAGCCAAAACUAUUCAUUCGCAAGCAUGUCCACGAAUGUUCCCAUGUGUUUGUGAGAACCGAUGCCGUGAAGCAACCGCUGCAACCACCAUACUCUGGGCCAUACCAAUUGCCGCAGUCCGAGCUGCUCUCAGGCGCUGCUGGCGCUUUGGUGCUCAACUCUGUGAGCGCCAAGGAUGCGGGCAAUUAUACGUGCGCGGCCACAAAUGUGAUUACGGGCGAGGAGUUGCGUCUGCCGCAGCCGGCCACACAGCUUGCCGCUCGUCCCGGCGAGACCGUUGUGCUCGAGUGUCCGGGCGUUGGUUCGCCGCGUCCCAGCGCCGUGUGGAGCAGCCCCAAUGUGCCCAACAUCUAUCACAAUCGAUCGCGUGUGCUUGCCUAUGGACUCCAAAUCACCGAUGUCCAGCCCCAAGAUCAGGGCUCGUAUGUGUGCCGCCUGGACAAUGGCAUUGCACCGGUGCUGGUUCACAUGAUCAAGCUGAGCGUGCUGGAGCGUCCGCGCAUUCUGCGUGGCCCCAACUCGACGCUGACCAACGAGGGUGAUGCUCUCACACUUGAGUGCGAUGCCAUCGGACAUCCCCAGCCGCACAUCUAUUGGCUGUUCAACGGCGAGGAUGCCAGCGGAUAA